AUGGCUGACAUGCUGUGCCCUCCACCACCCCCGGAGGAGCAGGAGAGCAUCUACCACUGGCUCCCCACCCGGGUGGAAGGCAGCACCAGGAGCCCAAGGUACACCUCCAACUUCCAUCCAUCCGUCCAACGGGAGAUGGAGGAGAAGAAGAAGGCGCCCUGCCAGACCAUGGGCAUCCCGAAGCUGCAGGUGCCCACCCCAAAGGACUACCUCCGGAAACACUCCAAGGAGCGCAAGGUCCCCAAAUGCAUGUACGAGCAGCCAAAGCGUCUCCCCGUCAAAGCUCAGGUGCCUCCCCAGUCUGACAGGCCGCUGAUGGGCAUCCAGAGCGAGAAGAACUUCAUCCAUGCCAACGUGGCCGAAGCCAUCAUGGCCGUGGCAAAGAAGCCCCUCCAUGCCUGCAUCGACCAGCGGAGGGGGGAUAAGUACCUCCUGGAUGGAUCCGGCCUGGUCCAGAAAUACCUCAAAAAGAAG